AUGCCCGCCCCCAUCUUCCUCCCGCUCGUGGACCCCACAGCGGCCGCGCUCAUCCCAGCGCUCGCCCUCCUCGGCCCCGUCCUGGUCCCCGCCGCUCUCCUCGACGCCGUCCGUCCCUCCAUCCCCAAGACUGGCUCAUACAUUGUCGACGUCUCGGCAAGUGACGCCGAUGUGGUCGACAUUUUGAACGCUGGCGCCGCCGCCGUUGUCGUCUCGUCGCAGCAGUUCUUGUCUGUUGCCGGUAUCCCCCGCGAGCGUCUCAUUGCCAAGCUCCAGGCUUCCGAGCUCGCCAAUGCUGCCGCUGCCGCCGAGGUUGCUGGCGCCAUCUACAUUGUUGGCGGCACCGAAAAGGACACUGCCAAGUCGCUCGGUGUCAAGGCCGACGUCUACGUCGAGCUGGCUUCCCCCUCGCCUGCCACCCUUGUUGAGUCGAUCAAGGCCGCUCGCCCUACCACCCUUGUUAUCCCCACUGCCCUCCUCACCACUGGCGCCUCGAGCGCUACCCACGUCUCGAUUGCCGACGCCUUCCUUGCCCCAGUCGUUUCCGACCGCCCCGAUGGCCUGUUCCCCACCAUUGUUGCCUCGUCUGGCCACUCGUCGCGUCCUCUCGGCAUGGUCUACUCGUCUGUCGAGAGCGUCUCGGAGGCUAUCAAGACCCAGAAGGGUGUCUACCAGUCGCGCAAGCACGGCCUGUGGCGCAAGGGUGAGACCUCUGGCAGCGUCCAGGACCUCGUCUCGAUUGAGCUCGACUGCGACACCGACAGCUUUGUCUUCAACGUCGUUCAGCACGGCACCGGUUUCUGCCACCUAGGCACCCCCACUUGCUUUGGCAACUGGAACGGCCUCGCCCGUCUCGAGGACACUCUCAAGUCGCGCCUCGCCGACGCCCCCGAGGGCUCGUACACCAAGCGUAUCUUCACCGACGAGAAGCUGCUCCGCGCCAAGAUUAUGGAGGAGGCUGAGGAACUCUGCGACGCUCAGACCAAGGAGGAGAUUGCCUUUGAGGCUGCCGACCUCCUCUACUUCUCCCUUGCCCGUGCCGUUUCGAAGGGUGUGAGUCUCAAGGACAUUGAGCUCGCCCUCGACGCCAAGGCCCUCAAGGUCACUCGCCGCAAGGGCGAUGCCAAGCCCAAGUGGGAGGAGAAGGUGGCCGACAAGCCCGCUGCUGCUCCUGCCCCCGUUGCCGCUGCCCCCGCCGAGGAGGGCCCUAUCCGCAUGCGCACCACCACCCUCAAGGAGGUGCCCAAGGAGGAGUACCGCUCGCUCCUCCUCCGCCCUGUCCUCAACUCUCUUGCCAUGAUUGACAAGGUCAAGCCCAUUGUCGAGCGUGUUCGCAAGGAGGGCGACGCCGGUCUCAAGGCCAUGACCAAGCAGUUUGACAGGGCUGACCUUUCGUCCAACGUCCAGCUUCCUCCCUUCGCUACCCCCACUGAGGCCGAGCUCCCCAAGGACGUCAAGGCCGCUAUUGACCAGGCUUACGCCAACGUCAAGGCCUUCCACGCCGCUCAGGUUGACGCCGCCCCUCUCCGUGUUGAGACCAUGCCCGGUGUUGUGUGCAGCCGCUUUGCCCGUCCCAUCCAGCGUGUCGGUAUCUACGUCCCCGGUGGCACUGCCAUCCUCCCCUCGACUGCUAUCAUGCUUGGUGUCCCCGCCCAGGUCGCUGGCUGCAAGGAGAUUGUCCUUGCUACUCCCCCCCGCCCUGAUGGCUCCAUCUCCCCCGAGGUCCUCUACGUCGCUCAGCUUACUGGCGUCACUUGCAUCCUCAAGGCCGGUGGUGCCCAGGCCGUCGCCGCCUUUGCCUACGGUACCGACACUGUCCCCAAGGUCGACAAGAUCUUCGGCCCCGGUAACCAGUGGGUCACCGCCGCCAAGAUGCUCGUCCAGAACGACACCGACGCCCUUGUCUCGAUCGACAUGCCCGCUGGCCCCUCCGAGGUCCUCGUCAUCGCCGACGCCACCGCCAACCCCGUCUUUGUCGCCGCCGACCUCCUCUCGCAGGCCGAGCACGGUGUCGACUCGCAGGUCGUCCUCGUUGGCAUCUCGCUCACUGCCGAGCACCUCGCCGCCAUCGAGGCCGAGGUUGACCGCCAGGCCCUCGCCCUCCCCCGUGUCGCCAUUGCCCGCGUCGCCAUCUCCAAGUCGCUCAUUGUCCUCGUCGACACCCUCGAGGAGGGUCUCGACUUCUCGAACGACUACGCCCCCGAGCACCUUAUCAUGCACCUCGCCGACGCCCCCGGUGCCGUCGCCCAGGUCGAGAACGCCGGUUCCGUCUUUGUCGGUGCCUUCUCCCCCGAGUCGUGCGGCGACUACGCCUCGGGCACCAACCACACCCUCCCCACCAACGGCUACGCACGCCAGUUCUCGGGCGUCAACACCCUCUCGUUCCAGAAGCACAUCACCUCGCAGGAGGUCACUGCCGACGGUCUCCGCGUGCUCGGCCCCGUGGUCGUCACCCUUGCCGAGCGCGAGGGCCUCGAGGCGCACGCCAACGCUGUGCGUGUGCGCCUCGCGGAGCUGGCAAAGUAG